AGGGGAGAGAAGAAGAAGUGGUCACUGCAGACAGAAGAGAAGAUCAAAAGAGAUCGGGCGAUGCAGCACAAGAUUGGAGGGCAACAACAAGCGCAGCAGCAGCAGCAGCAGCAGCAGCCGGCAGCAGGAGCAGAAGAGCAAAGCAGCCAGCAGCGCCAACGGCUUCUUCCCCCACUCCUCUUCUUCAAGCUCCAGCCGCAGCUCUCGAUCUGAUUCAUCGAGCUUCUUCUUCCUCCUCUCCCUCUCCGAAUUGACUGAUAGAGGAGGAGGAGGAGGAUUAGCAAGAAGCAGGUGCGGCGCGGCGGGCGGCCAUGGAUGAUACCCUCAAGUCGCUGUCCAUGGACUACCUCAACCUGCUCAUCAACGGCCAGGCCUUCAGCGACGUGACCUUCAGCGUGGAGGGCCGCCUGGUGCACGCGCACCGCUGCAUCCUCGCCGCGCGCAGCCUCUUCUUCCGCAAGUUCUUCUGCGGCGCCGCCGCGGACCAGGCCGCCGCCGCAGCCGCCGCCGGCUCCCCGGGCGCGGUGCUCAUGGACCACCUCAGCCCGCGCUCCCCCUCCGGCGCAUCCGCCUCCUCCCCGCGCGGCGCCGGAGGCUCCGGGUCCGGCUCGGCCUCCGCAGCGGCGAUGGCGCCCGGCGCCGUGAUACCGGUCAACUCGGUGAGCUACGAGGUGUUCCUGCUGCUGCUCCAGUUCCUGUACAGCGGGCAGGUGUCGCUGGUGCCGCAGAAGGGGGAGCCGAGGCCCGGGUGCGGCGAGCGCGGCUGCUGGCACACCCACUGCGCCGCCGCCGUCGACCUGGCCCUCGACACGCUCGCCGUCGCCCGCUCCUUCGGCGUCGAGGAGCUCGCCGUCCUCACCCAGAAGCAGCUGGCGGGCAUGGUGGAGAAGGCGUCCAUCGAGGACGUGAUGAAGGUGCUCAUGGCGUCGCGCAAGCAGGACCUGCACCAGCUCUGGAACACCUGCUCCCACCUCGUCGCCAAGUCCGGCCUCCCGCCGGAGGUGCUCGCCAAGCACCUCCCCCUCGACGUCGUCGCCAAGAUCGACGACCUGCGCCUCAAGUCCUCCAUGUCCCGCCGCUCCCCCUUCCUCGCCCACCACCAGCAGCACCAGCAGCACCACCACCAGGGCUCCGUCAUCGAGGCCUCCGCGGCCGAGCUCGACGACCACAACAAGAUCCGCCGGAUGCGCCGCGCGCUCGACUCCUCCGACGUCGAGCUCGUCAAGCUCAUGGUCAUGGGGGAGGGGCUCAACCUCGACGAGGCACUCGCGCUGCACUACGCCGUCGAGAACUGUAGCCGGGAAGUGGUCAAGGCGUUGCUGGAGCUGGGCGCCGCUGACGUCAACCACCCGGCUGGGCCCGCCGGGAAGACGCCGCUGCACGUCGCGGCCGAGAUGGUCUGCCCGGACAUGGUGGCCGUGCUCCUCGACCACCACGCCGACCCCAACGUGCGCACCGUCGACGGGGUCACGCCGCUCGACAUCCUCCGUACGCUCACCUCCGACUUCCUCUUCAAGGGCGCCGUGCCGGGGCUCACCCACAUCGAGCCCAACAAGCUCCGCCUGUGCCUCGAGCUCGUGCAAUCGGCGGCCAUGGUCAUGUCCAGGGAGGACGCGGCCGGCAAUGCGCCGGUGCCCAUGUACAGCGACCACCACCCGGGCGCUGGCGGCGGUGGCGUGUACAGCGGCACCGGUGGCGCGAGCACGAGCAUGAACCUGAGCUUGGACAACAGGAUGGUGUACCUCAACCUAGGGAUGGACGUGAUGAACCACGGCGACGGCGGGGGCGACGACGGCGGGAGCAGAUCAGGGCAAGGAGGUCCCUCUUCGUUGUUCUCCCCUCAUGGCUUCCCAUGAGACAUGGCUGCUCUACUAUCUCCUUGUAAGGCUUAGAACUAAUUAAUCAUAUGCUCUAUUUUAUAUCCACAUUAUCACAGGAGAUCAGUCGAUGAGAAUGCAUGAUCAGAUCAGAUCAGAUGAUCCUUUUGGGCUGUUAAUUAAGUAGCGUCUUUUGUAGAGAGAUCAUGCAUGCAUGGAUGUUGAAUUUCAAUAGUUAAUUUCCUGGUGAGUUGAUAUGUGUUCGUUAGGGUCUACAUUAAUUUUCUUUUUUCCUUAA